CCAGUAGGCGUUUCGGUUGGGAUUCCGCGCUCCCGCGGGGGGUCUCCGCCGCCAGGUUUUUCCUUCUCGAGCCUUCACUCGCGUCUGUUCGUCGUCCGUCGCCUUGUGCCCGCGUCCUCGCCCACCCUCCUUCCUGGGCCAGGCCGUGCGCCGCGCCCCCUCGGCGGGCGGCGGGCUGAGGCGGGGCCGCGCCGCUGAUUCGCUCGGCCGUGGCGCGGCUUUCCGAGCUCCGGGCGUGACCUGCAGAUCUUCGAGAGCCUGGGCUACAACCGGCUCGUCCUGCAGAUCGGCAGAGGAACGGUGGUGCCCGCAGCCGUGCAGACGGGCUCGUUUACUCUGGACGUUUACCGGUACAAGGAUUCUCUGAAAGAAGACCUUCAGAAAGCCGACCUGGUUAUUAGUCACGCAGGUGCAGGAAGCUGUUUGGAGACUUUGGAAAAUAGAAAACCACUUGUGGUUGUUAUAAAUGAAAAGCUAAUGAACAAUCAUCAGCUAGAAUUGGCAAAGCAGCUGUACAAAGACGGACAUCUCUUUUAUUGUACCUGCAGCACGCUUCCUGGACUGUUACAGUCAAUGGACUUAUCAACACUGAAAUGUUUUCCUCCUGGCCAGCCAGAAAAAUUUUCUGCAUUUUUGGAUAAAGUUGUUGGAUUAAAAAAAUAAACAGUAAAUUCUCACCAUUUUCAAAACACACUUGAAAUCUAGCCCAUUUGGAAUGUUUUAAAUUUAAUUGAACAUAAUAUAUGAUUGAAGAAUAAUACAAAUUAGUAAAGUUUUUAAAUCUGUAGGGUGUAUAUAAAAUUAGAUGGCAUGGGGGGCAGAGCAAUACUACAGUGGGUAGGGCGUUUGCCUUGCACACAGCUGGCCUGGCUGGGUUCAAUCCCCGGCAUCCCAUAUGGUCCCACAAGUACCGCCAGGAGUAAUUCCUGAGUGCAAAGCCAGGAGGAACCCCUGAGCACCACUGGGUAUGACCCAAAACGCAAAAAAAAAAAAAGAAAAAAGUUAGAUGGCAUGAAUAUUGUUUUUUGAUGCAAAUCUUAACUCCAACUUAGUAAAUUCAUUAUACUUAAAAAAUAUCAUAUUAAUAAUGUGGGAUGUUCAUUAUAGGUUUUUUCCUAGAAUCCCAAAUGGAAUCAGAGAGAAUCCUAAUUGAUUUGGAAGACUUUGACACAAACUCCAGAUGUAGGUAGUUUGAUCCUUAGAAUAAGUAAACCAUAACAAACUUUUAAAAAUUAUUUGAAUCAGAUUUUUUGCUUCAUAAUACAAAUUUUAUAGAAAGACUAGAACAUUAAUGUGUGUUCUGUAUAGUAAAGUUUAAUAAUUUCUAUAAAAAUUUGAAAGGUUAACUAUCAAAUCAGUUGAUCUAUUGUACCUGAAGAGUGGAUAUGUUCACUUUUAUUUUUUUGCUUUUUUGGGUCACACCUGGGAAUGCACAGGGGCCACUCUUGGCUCUGCACUCAGGAAUUACCCCUGGCGAUGCUCAGGAGACCAUAUGGGAUGCUGGGAAUUGAACCCGGGUUGGCCGCGUGCAAGGCAAAAGCCCUACCCGCUGUUCUAUCGCUCCAGCCCCAGAUAUGUUCACUUUUUCCUCUAAAAUAAAACUAGGAAAUGGUAGUAUAGAUUUUCCCAGUGUCAGAGCAUUACUCAUUUGAGAAAAAUACGUCAAAAAGCAGUUACAGAAUUUACUCUUAUUCUUCCAAGAACUCUCACAUUUUUUGUGAGUAUUGGGACACACCUGGCAGUACUCACGGUUUACUCCUGGCUCUGCACUCAGGUAUCACUCCUGGUAGGGCUCAGGAGAUCAUACAGGGUGCUGGGGAUUGAAACCUGGUUGAUCCUAAUCAAGGCAAAGACCUUAUCCACUGUAUUUUUGCUCUGGCCCAGGACUCACUCCCAUAUGAUACUGAAACAUUUACUGUAACAGAAGAGUUUAUUUAUAAAAUCAGUUAUAAAUGACUUAGUUAUUUGAUGUAUAUGGUGUUAAAAUUUACUUUGAGUUGCAUAGGUUAUAACAUUUCUGUUAGAAGAAACGGUCUCAAAGCCUAUAAAAUAAACUAGUUAUCCCUAAGUAUCCAUCAGUUUUCUGGUAGGAAUUUUAGAUAUGUAUAUCUAUAGAAAUAGGACAUUAAGUGUAAAACUGACCUUUCUACCACAGUGUGGAGUAAUCCAAGCAUUUUACUUGGGAUAUAUUAUAUAAUGUUCUUAUACAAUUAUUUUCAUGAUUAUAUUUUAGGCUCAUUUAUUUAGGAUAAUAAAUUUUUGCUAACGAUAGGUGUUGGCUGAGAAAUACACUGGCUAGCAGGAAGAAACUUGGACUAACAUUUUACUGAGAGUAAUCUAAAAGUGAGUAAUCUACAGUAGUUGAGAAGUCACUUCACCAUGAUGGUAUGUUAAUAUUACACUAAAGUACGAAAUGUCCACCCGAUUUUCUGAAUGCUCUUUAAAUGUGUUUUCAAUUUGAAAAAAAUCAUUACUUAAAAUUUAUGUUGAUCUGUUAUGAAAGACUUGCUAUAUAGAGAAUCAGCAACGAAGUGUUCAAACAUCGCCAACUAAAAAGCAAUAUGAGACCACAAGUCCUAUGCUUUCUUCAUUUCCACCUUAAUGCAUAACCUAGUUUAUUCCAUUGUUUUUAUCAGAGGUUUAACCCACUGUUGUCAAGUGUGAUUUCCCUGACUACACUGAAAAUUUAUAUCAGUUGUUGGGUUUAAAAUCAAAAUAUACCCUAGAUUAGUUUUGGUUUGGUAGCAGUCUUCACAAUUCUGGAAAUAGUACAAUCUCAUCAUUUCUUAGAUGAAGGAGUAGGCUACAAUUUGUCUAAAAUACAGGUGUUUUGUCAGAGUUCCCAUUCGAAGCAACUCCUUGACUCCCAUUGAUGUGUUCUUUCUACCAUAUCAUAUAUUGUAAGAUUAUUUUAUUUAUAAUUGUUUAGUAUUAGUUAUUUUACUCCCUUCUAAGGAAAUAAUUGUUUUCUUUCCAAAAGUUAUUUUAUGGGGAAUUUUACACUUAGAUGGCUUUUUUUGGGUGCACAUGACAACCUUAUCUCAUAUUUAGAACUUAGAAUUCAUGAAUUUCUUGAAUGUAUAAUAAUGCCACGGGUGGGGUCAAAUGAUUAAAGACUUUAAUGUAAAUAAGUAGGCUGGAGUGAUAGCACAGUGGUAGGGCGUUCGCCUUUCAUCCAGCCGACCCGUGUUCGAUUCCUCCGCCCCUCUCAGAGAGCCCGGCAAGCUUCCGAGAAUAUCGCGCCCACACGGUAGAGCCUGGCAAGCUACCCAUGGCGUAUUGGAUAUGCCAAAAACAGUAAUAAUAAGUCUCACAAUGAGAGACAGUACUGGUGCCCACUCGGACUAUGAGCAACGAGAUGACAGUGACAGUGACAAUGUAAGUAAGUAUAAUUUGGAAAGUGUAGAAGAAUUUUUUGAAUGCUAAGUACAAGUCAUUUUAUAGAUUAGAGGGCAGGACAGAGUAAUGGCCAAGUUUAUAUGUUACUAGUCCUUAAUGAAAAUAAUAAUGUCAAUCAGAAUCCUAUUUUAAAAUGACCUCUGACCAAAAUGUGAAAGAUAUUCUGUGCUCCUAAGGGUCUAAAGUUUGAUUUGCAAGUUGGAAAGAAAAAGUUGAAUUUCAAUAUUUUUCAUCACUUAAGAGGACAGGGUAUUUGAAAUAAAAUUGCCUAUAAACUUAGAUUGUAUGAUAAUCACGUAUUUAGGCUAUUUAAUUUUUGACCUUGUUUUGUUUUCAUAGUGAACUCAUAGCCUCAAAUUUCAAGGCAAAUACCUUCCCAUUGAGCUCUGUGCCAUGCCUUACAUUUAUAUUUUGAGCAUACUCAUUACUGCUAAAAUGUCUCCAUGUGGAGACUUUUAAGGUGUUUCACCUAUUUGCAAGUUACCUAUGGACUCAUGUUUCCUCUUUAAACAUUUGGGUUUUAGGUUCUAUUUUUACUCCAUCAAUACAAUUUUGUUUUUUUGUUUAUUACAUAUUUUUUCAGCACUCACCUAGCUUUUCUAUUAAUUCUUCAUCCCCAUCUCUGAAUUAAGCUUUUAAAUGGUAUUUUUAGUUGCUUAUUAGUCGUAUCUGUCUGUUAAUUCUCUUAGCACCUUAAAAUUUUAGUGCCCAAGCUAAGACCAUAUCUCUCCAACUAAUACUUUUGAGAUUCUCCUCUCUAUCAGUUGUGCCUUGAUAAUUUUGGUUAGUCCUGUUUUAUAUUCUUAAUCCUUUUUAUGCAGUUGGUCACCAGGUACUUUCAGCUUUUUAAAUAUCUCAAGCUCAAUUAUCUGUUUAUUUAGUCUCUUAGUAAAUGCAUAACAUGAACUCAAAUUUUGUAGUAGGACUAAGAACAUGAUUCCUGUUUUGGAAGUACUCAUUCAGUCUAGUUCAGUAGAAAAAUGUCUUGAUCAUUCUUGAGUCUUCUGCCUGAAAUAUAGUAGGCCUUUCAUAACUAAUAAACACUUAUUGCAACUUACUGUUCUUUUCUUAGCUUGAUUAGGAGUAUGUACUGGUUCUGAGAAAAACUACUUUGUACUGCUUUUAUGUCCCACAAAUAAAUGCAGUCAUUCUC